AUGGUGAACGUGUUCUCAGUCCUAACGCUCGACAUAGUCUCCCGCUUGCUCCGUCACUUCCUCAACGCUAGCCCAAGAUGGUUAUCAACUAGAACUGGAUCUCGAAGGACAGACUACUUGAAGUGGCUUUCUCCUGCUCUAUCAAAGAGUCAUGUUGUGCGCAGUUGCGUCCUUGCAAUAGCCGCGGCGGAUUUGCUCAAAUACUACCGUAACCACCCACAAUUACAGCAUGCCGCCGCUGAAUACUACGGUCAAGCUGUGUCUAGCCUCAGAGGAGCAAUUGAGAGCGAAAUGGCCCUCGCUUCGCCAUCUGACGUUUCUCUUUCUGACUACACUCCGCUGUCCGUCUUGUUGCUAUGUCUACAUGAGACUCAAAAUUUUACGAGCCGCGAGAGAAUCCUUCCGCAUCUCAAUGCAGCGGCUUUUCUGCUGCAAAAUCGCAUUCACUGCGGCAGCAUGAACACUGAGUUAAGAGGAUAUCUAUUUGAGAUGUUUUGCUACUUUUUUGCCUUAGCUCGUUUCUCUUUGGGCUCCAAACUAUUGAUCGCACACGCGGAUCCUAUCUUCGCCUCCCCGUCAAUCAUCCGCCUAAUUCAGCACGGCCAUAUCAUGGGAACCUCACAGUCUUUGUUCAUCGCCAUUUACCGCAUAUCCCGUCUGUCUCAUAACUUACAGUCUAGCAAAUCUGCCGACGUGCUUUCCGCACGACAGGAACUUUUGCUGUUGGACCAAGAAUUAAUGGCCUAUCAAAGCCAGCUCACUCAUGACAAUACUAUGGACCAGGAGCAUCUCAAUGAUGUCAUUACAUCGAACCUAUACAGUCUGGCGUGCCGAAUCCACAUCAGGGCACUCUUUCCACCACAUCGAUCCGACGACAACGACACAGUUCACUCUCUGGUGGAUGACUUCAUAAACAACUUACAGCAUCUGCCUCCGCACUCGCCUUCGCACAACAUACUGUGCUGGCCACUGGUUGUUGCAGGCCUGUCCGCAAGAAAUUCUGCGCAUCAACGUAUCAUAGUUGCGAAGCUGAACAAUAUACACGAAGAGUGGAAGUCAGCCGUCUUUUCGAAAAGUGCCGAUUUCCUGCGAGAACAGUGGCGAAAGGAUAGGGAGAUGAGACGUAGACUGCCCAUUACCAGUGGCUACGAGGAUUCAUCCAUGUUAGAUGGGUUGACAUGGUAUCAAUUUCCUGUCAUUCUGGCGUAA